UAGAGGAAGACUGAGAAUUAUAUAUAUUUAUAGAGAGAAAGGCGCAGGUAUUAACGUACGUAGUUAGCUUACAAUCAAGAAGCUAGAUCUCCGGUGCUGUCUCCAACAAUAAUAUGAUGGAAAAGGCUUAUUCCCUCUUUCUUUGCGUUCUCUUGAUUUUAGUCCUCUUCUUGCCAUCCACAGCAGCUGGAAGAGCACUGCUUCAAACGGAGGGUGAGGGUGGAUACCACGGCGGAAAUGGUGCGAGUAGAAUUGGCAUACACGGCCAUCCCUCCAGCCCUGCCCCCUCCAGAACUGGAGUUUCAUCUCCUUCGGGACCCACCCCCGUCGGGAAAGGUGUUACUGAAUGCACUAAAAAUCGGUACGCUGCAUGUACGCCCAGCGAACCCAAAUCGUGCGGCCCAUAUCAACGUAACUGCCGCUGAAGCUUAUGAAGUUGAAGUAAAGUGGAAAAUCCAGAACAAGGAAAACAAUAGUGAUAAUUAUUCAUACUUACGCUCGUGACGUAGUUCACAAAGUAGAAUGCCCACCUUACCAAGAAACUGGUUUCUUGGUGUGUGGAAAUUGUAUGUUUAAUUGGCUAGCUGGUUCUUGUGUCAUCUCUCUCUCUCUUCCCUGGGAAUUACGGCUAUAUGGAGGCCAUAAUAAUAAUAAUAGUUGUGCACCA